AUGAAUGUUCCAGAUCAUGGUACUGAACUCUUCUCCAGGGGCUUUAUCAAGAUAUACAAGCAAUUCUUCCCACAGGGAGAUCCAACAAAAUUUGCAUCUCUGGUAUUUCGGGUAUUUGACGAGAACAAUGAUGGAUCUAUCGAGUUUGAGGAGUUCAUUAGAGCUCUGUCUAUCACAUCUAGAGGGAACGUUGAUGAGAAACUUCUAUGGGCGUUUAAGUUAUAUGACGUCGAUAAUGACGGAUUUAUUACCAGAGAGGAGAUGUAUAGUAUAGUUGACGCUAUAUACCAGAUGGUGGGCCAAGCUCCUGAAGCUGAAGAUGAAAACACCCCACAGAAGAGGGUGGAUAAAAUCUUCUCCCAAAUGGACAAGAAUAAUGACGAGAAACUCACUCUGGACGAGUUCAAGGAAGGGUCAAAGGCCGACCCGCGUAUCGUCCAAGCUCUCUCGCUUGGUGACAACUAAUGUGAAUACUAAGACGAAUGCGAUGUCUCGCCCUCACGAAGGCAGAAGGGCAGGCUCCAGAAGCAGACGAUGAGAAUGCUCCCCAGAAAAGAGUAGACCAGAUCUUCUCACAGAUGGACAAGAAUCACGACGAAAAGCUGACCUUGGAGGAAUUCAAGGAGGGAUCCAAAGCUGACCCCCGAAUCGUCGAGGCACUCUCUCUCGGUGAUAACUGAGCACCUGGAGCUUCGUUAGUGAUCGUCGUGACUCCCAUCAGCCUCUGCUAGCACCGCUACACUACUCUUCUUCCUCCUCUUCCUCCUGCUGCUGCUUCUUUGAAGACCUCAUCUGAGUUAGAUUUGAAGCCGACAAACACAUGGGGAUGCUUACCUUCCCGAAUGCCAAUGCAGUUUCUGCUAAGGCAUUACAAGGGGAUGCUUUCUCCUAAGCCCAUAUACCCACAGUACCCUGCCAUCCACCCACAGUACUCUACUAUCCACCCACAAUCCCUGCCAUCCACCUGAAGUCCCUGCCAUCCACCCAAAAUACCCUACCACAGUCUCUGCCAUCCACACUCAGUACCCUGCCAUCUAUCUGAAUUCCCUGUCAUCUACCCACAGUCCCUGCCAUCCACCCCCAGUACCAUGCCAUACCUUCCCAUCCCCUGCCACCCAUUCCGUUUCCUAAACUCUUCGCUCCACAGUAGCUUCAAAUUGAAACCUGUCACUUCAAGUCAGCCUCCAAACAUGUGAAUUACAGGAACCUGCUUACAUCCUCUCACAAUGCCCAUGAGAGGGAGGCAACAUAAAACAAGAAUUUCCUCCUCCCACUGGACAUUAUACAAUCUCAUAUCACUGACUACUCCAAGGUGCUCCUUCAAGGUUAAACUCGUCGUCAGCGUUCUAGAUAAUACCUGAGGCCGAUCGUCAGGCAUGGAUUCAAGGCUGCAUUAAGGGAAAAAAAACAGAUGUACAUGCUUCCACUUGCUGCCUUAAAUCCAAAGUCUUGAUUUUUAAAAACGGCUAAAGACUCGGGGUAGGGGAUGAAAUAAUGAUAAUUAAGUCUUUUCAUUGCAUCACUAGCCUCAAUGGACUGUUUUUGUUAUCAAUUUCACUAUUCGUCUUUGAUAUCAAGGUCACCUCUCACAAUUGUUUACAAAUAUUCAGCGUGUGUAUUUUACCUUUCAAAGGACCAUUUUCAGGCUUUGUGAGUGACCAGGUUAAGGUAUUUCCAUGCAGGUGUGCUAGCUGAUUCAUAUAUACUUACAUCCACAUAUAUUUAACAUCAUGCAGUAUACAUUGAGUGCAUAAACUCCCGUGUUAAAAGUGUCCAGAUGAGUCGAGAUUUUCAAGUGUUGUUUACUCUGUCCCAGUGCUGAAUUUCGCUGGGUUUUCAGUCUCUAAUAAGUUUAAGUUUGUUAAAUUUACUGCAAGAAUCAAAAAAAGGCUCUACAACUGUCUGCUUCAAGCCUGAAAACCUAAACCAACUCAAGUUGUUUGCCCACAGGGCCUAGCCUGCAUUUUUGGGUGCAUUAUUAUUCUCUGUAAGUGAACAAGUCCUUGUUCCUUUUAAUCGAGUUUGGGAGAAUUUAGAGAUUAAGCGUGACCUACAAACUUUUUGACGUGGUAGUCCUGCGUGGUUCAAGUUGGCGAAGGGCUGUGUACGGUGUUAGCCAAUCGUAUUCUUAGUUCAAGCUUCACCAACGAAUCAUCGUAGAGAUUAGAUCGGCUAGCAUGCGAUAAGCCGUAAGUCCACCAAUCAGCAGCUUGCUCAUGUGAUUCCAGUCUUACACAGGAGGUUCGAUCUUCCGACAUCCCAGAUGGGAUUCCACAGUGUCAUGAUCAAACUGUGGCAGAGGAAGAGGCAUGACCACACUGUGAGGCAGACCACCGAGGUCCUGAUGCUCGCUGGCUAGAAGUUGAAACUCAGUCUCGCCAACCUUCAGUAAAUUCAAACUCACCUCCACUGAUUGUGAGUCAACUAAACAAUGGUCUGCACAUGAGAUUCCAGCCAAAACCC